AUGGCUUUAUUCAGUGUCCUAUUCCUGACCUCCCUGUGUAUUGCGGGUCAAGAGGCCCUCAGUGUAUCGGACUGUGGGCCGUACGCCAGACGACCAGAAUACAGUGAUAUUGCUGUGGUGUGUGGCACAUCUGCCAUUGACCUGGCAAUUCAAAUCUGUCCGGUUAUCUACACCGGCUACAACAAGAGCUUACUGAUCCUCAACCGCAUCUGGGACAAUGCGGACUGUCAUGGGACGCUGGACACCUCGGUGGCACCGCCCGUGCUGAGAUUUAGCUUCCCCAUCAGAGAAGGAAACGCCUGUGGGAGUAACUUCUUGACCACGAGCACACCAGGGACGGGAUUAUUCUCAGACUUCUCCAACAUCCAGACGGUCAACGUCAGCGGGGUGGUCCGAUCCUCCGACCCCACCAUCGGGACGAUCACCUACAACGCUGAGCUCAAGUAUUACUACUCAUGUGCUUAUCCUCUGGAGUAUCUCAUCAACAACACCCAGGUGGAUGUGUCAUCCUCCUCCAUUGCUUUGAAGGACAACAAUGGGAGCUUCAUCAGUACCCUCAGCAUGGCCUUGUACCAGGAUAUAAAUUACACCACGCCCCUUGUCUUGCCACGCCUGGGUGUCGAGCUGAGAACAAACAUCUACGUGCAAGUGGCUGCAUCCAACUUGACAUCCCAGUACUUUGUUCUUCUGGACCGGUGCUACGCCUCGGUGAAUCUGCAGCCCUCCAACUCCACCUACUUUAAUCUGUUUGUCUCGUGCUCCAUAGAUCAGCUCACCACCAUGCUGGAGAACGGGGAUAGCCAAAAGGCCCGCUUCUUCUUCCCGGCAUUCCGCUUCAUCGAGCAGCAGAAUGAGACCAUCUCCAUCUACUAUCUGCACUGCAUCACCCGACUCUGUGAGCGCAGCACCUGCAGCACCUUAAAGCAAUGCAACAGGAAGAGGAGGAGUGUGGAGACCACGGUUGUCCAGGAGAGCAUCACUGAGCCUUCGGUGCUCACAGUGGCUAUAAGGGCCAAGACAGAGACCUCCAUUCUCUCAAAAGAAGAGGCACUGUCUGGUGGCCAGUCUGAUGGCAAGGGCGCGUCUGUUGGCCUGGGAAUCGCUGUGGCUGUCCUCAUUGUGAUAGGGAUGGCAGCCAUUUUGAUGGCCACAUCUUUUUAUCGAAAACUGAAGCGGUUAAGCUAG